AUGUCCGGAGUAGAAACAUCCAUCACGGACCAUCCUUACAUGGCGGGCUUGGAGGUGUGGGGUACGUUUACCUGUGCAGCCACGGUCAUCAAAAAGUCUUGGGCAAUGACUGCUGCGCACUGUGUCAGGGGAAAUGAAGGCUAUGGUGAAAUAUGGCUUCGGGUUGGCACAUCUGACCGCGAAUAUGCAGGAUGGUUGGUUGCUGUGGAUAAAGUUGUAAGACAUGCUGAAAAGAGGCCGAACGACAUAGCUCUCCUACACACGCAGACAGAAUUUCCUAUCGGGGAUUUAGUCAAGGUGGUGACGCUACCGCUAUCCAGUAAUAAAGUGGAGAACGGCACUGUGGGGACCAUUUUAGGAUGGGGCAAGGCAGGUCCAGGUGAAAACAGCCCGCCGAAGUUGAGGAAGAUGGAAAUGAUUGUAGACAACUAUACGUGGUGCGUGCCAGGAGCCGGCUUUGACGUCACCGAGCCGGAAGCCAUUAUUUGUGCACGCCCAAAGACUGCAGGCACGGACGUGUGCAAUGGCGAUAGCGGGGGACCGCUGACCUACGGUGACCGGCAGAUAGGCAUCAUCAGCCGUGCCAGUUGUACUGGUGCUUCGCAGGCUGUAGUUCUGUUCACUAAUGUCGCCUACUUCCGUGACUGGAUCGAUGACGAGACAAAGUAG